AUGGCAGACGAACAAUCCCCCCUUGCAGGAUUCUCGCACCAGGAGAAGAGCGGUUUCCGUGUUACUCCCUCGUCAGACAAACCAGUGGAUAAAACACAGCCAACCAGUGCACAACCCCCACCGCCAUCGAAAACCGGGAAAAGACCAUUCGGGGGCGGUGAAAUACUCGGAGAGCCUCUCAUAAAACGAUCCCGGGUGGAUGAGAACGAUGAAGCAAGGCGUUCCAAAGAGCGCAGACCAAGAGAACUAGACCCAGCGAUGCUAACCAAGCACUUCACCAUGGCCGACAAGAAAGAGAUCGAAGAAGUAAAAGCGCGUAUCGCAACUGCAACGCCAUCGAAUCCAACUGGCAUCCCGCCUCGCUCCACGCGUCACGCAGAGCCUGUGCCACUAUCAAUGACAACCGGAAAACCAAUGGUAUCAAAGUCGUUGCGCGACGCACCUCCCCUUCCAAGAGACAAGCCGUCCAAAGAACGCCGAGAUAUCAUGGCACCACCCAGAGAAAACAUAUCAAAGCCACGUCAAGAACCAUCCGCUUACCACAAAAAAAGAAUGUCUGGCGCACAUCACGACACACCAACACCAACACCAACACCAGGCACAAAAGCCAACCCAAUAUCCUUCAGUUCCGGUCUGCACACACUAGACCGCGAGUUCCGCUCAGGAUCAGGCUACUACUCUCCGCAGCAAGACGACGACGAACUAUCUCUCAUCUCAUACAUUUCCUUGAGUGAAGGGCCAAGGGGUCCUGGUGCACGUCGGGGGCUAGGACAAGAUGACCCCCCGGGGAAAGGCUAUGGGAAAGGCUAUGGGAAAGACUCCGCCCCGCCGUACCACGCGGUCUGA